AUGGAAGAAAUUGGGACUUGUCUUGCGACCAAGCUUGCAGAAUGUCUAUGGGAUCCAAUUUCACGUCGUGCCCGUUAUUUGUUUUGCUUGAACCAGUACAUUGAGGAUGUUAAGAAAAUAAAAGAAGGGUUGGAGGUGACACGAGAAGAUGUGAACAAGCGUAAGGAAGAAGCUCAUCGAAGAACUGAAGAAAUAAUGCCAUCUGUGGAGAAAUGGUUGGAUGAUGUGAAUGCUGUCCUAGUGGAGGUGCAAGAGCUACCGCGAGAGGUUGGAGGAGGAGGAAAGAAAUGUUUUAACAUGUCGCUCAAGUAUUCCUUAGCAAAAGAAAUGGAUGAUAAGGCGAAGCAGAUGAAGGAUCUCAAAGACAAUCCCCCCUCUGAGCCAUUUUCCCUGCCGAAACCACCUCCUAAUCUCAGUGAUCAAUUUUCUUCCAAGGAUGUCAUGGACUUCAAAUCAAGGGCGUCAAUUUUUAAUAGCCUUUUCAAGGCUAUUGAAGAUGGCAAGAAUAAGAUGGUGGGCCUGUAUGGUAUUGGGGGCUCAGGUAAAACUACCUUGGCAAUCGAAGUGGGUAAGGAAGUUGAAGGGCUGAAGCUUUUUGACAAAGCGGUCAUGGUGGUUGUCUCUCGGCCUCUUAAUGUUAGGAACAUCCAAGAAGAAAUAAAAGGAAAAACCGGUUUGAAAUUUGAGGAAAAUACCGAAUCAACCAUAGCACCGAGGCUAUUAACUGAAUUGAAAAGUAUGAACAUACUUAUAAUCUUGGAUGAUGUUUGGAGCGAUCUGGAUCUCCAACAAAUUGGUAUUCCGAUUAAUGAAAAUUGUCGUGUUUUGUUAACUACUCGUCAUCGAGAUGUUUGUGUCCGUAUGGAUUGUGAGAAAACUUUUGAAUUGCCCCUCUUGAUUGAGGAGGCAUGGGAUUUGUUAAAGAUGCAUGCAAACAUAACCCAUGACUCAUUGAAUGAGUUUGUUGGUGUGGGAAAAAAAAUUGUUGAUGAGUGCAAGGGACUACCUAUUGCAAUUGUGACAGUGGGAAGGGCAUUAAAAGGAAAAGGAAUUGUGGAGUGGAAGUCAGCACUAUGGAGGCUACGACAAUCCCUACCAUUGGAUAUUGAUGAGAGUUCGAGGGGCCCUUAUGCAUGCCUCAAAUUGAGUUAUGAUUAUUUGCCAACAAGUCUAGCAAAGCAACUCUUCCUAUUGUGCUCUAUGUUUCCUGAGGAUCAUCAAAUUCAUACAGAGGAUCUUAUUCGAUUUGCCAAAGGGACUUUGAAAUUUGAGGGGAAUAUUGUUUACACAAUGGAGGAUGCAAGGAGGGAGAUUUCAGUAAGCAUCAACAGUCUAUUAGAUUCUUGUUUAUUAAUGCAUACAGAUAAGCAAGCAUAUGUGAAAAUGCAUGACUUAGUUCGGGAUUUAGCUUUAUGGAUUGUAAGGGAGCAACAUCAAGCAAUUUUGGUGGAUAGCAAUGCGGUUUCUAAAGCGUUGGCUGAAAAUGGAAGUUUGAAAGAGACAAAGGUAAUAUCAUUAUGGAAUCUGAAAGGCAAUUUUCUGCAGUCUAAUCAAUUGCAAUGUCCAACACUUGAGGUUCUGCUACUUCAUCCUGAAGGGUUCAUUGAAGAUCUUAGAGGGACUGAAGCGCUCAAAAUCUUGGUCCUUGUAACAUCUAGCUUUCAAUCGGAACGACUUGGUUGGCAUAGACAAAUUGGGUGGUCAAUGCGGCAAUCAAUUGUGUCAUCAUUAAUUAAUCUUCAUACCUUAUGCUUCAGAGGAAUUGCAUUGGGUGACAUCUCUUUUCUUGGUCAACUCAAAAGAUUAGAGAUCCUUGACUUGCGUGGUUCUCAAUUUGGUGAAUUACCUAUUGGAAUUGUAGAUAUGAAAAAAUUGAAGCUGUUGGAUGUGGUUGGAUGUGAAAUUGAGAAAAGUCCUUUAGAAGUUAUUGGAAGAUGUGAGCAACUUGAGGAAUUAUACUUUUGGAAUAAGAAAUUUGUCAUCCCAGAAAAUUUCUCUCUUUCAAGGUUGAAGAGGUACAUUAUCUAUGAUACCACAUCAUUGGGUAUUCCUAGCUAUGAACAUGCUCCUUUUCUACAAUAUUUUGAUGCUCAUUGCAUUGAAGAACUGAGAGCUUUAUGCAUACAAGGCUUCAAAGUCUUUGUUUCGAAUUCAUCAAUGAAAGAUCUCAUUCUUGAAGCAAACUGCCUUUGGCUAGACAAUUGUAGGUGGGAUCUUAAUGAUAUAAAUUCUGAAAUAAAGCACUUAGGAAUUUCAUGCUGUGAGGAGAAGAGAUUCAUAGCUGAUAACCUUAGGACCAACAUUCAUCAAACAGGACAAGUGUUCUCCCACCUGAUUAGUUUAAGAUUGAGAGAAAUGAAUAGUCUUGAACAAGUGUUCCAAGAUUCAUCGAUCACAUGUUCUCUCCCAAUGUUACAAGAGCUGUUUCUACAGAGCUGUCCAGAAUUGGGAAGGUGCAUCUUCACCCAUGCCACUGUUACAAGCCUACCGAAGCUGAGGAAACUUGAGAUUUGGUAUUGCAGCAAAUUGAAAUGGCUAUUCUCUUAUUCUCUAGCUUCUCAGUGUCCUUCGCUAGAGGAAUUGGAAAUAUACGGUUGUCCUAAACUUGAGAGGCUCAUUGAUGAAGAAGAUGCGCAUGGUGAUUGUCUACCGCACCAAAGGGAGCCCCUUCAAGACUACCCAUAUGGGAAUCAGACUGUGGUCACUACUGCAGAAAGCUCCCACCAUUCACGCAAUCAGAAACUUUGGACCCCUUUCCUAAGUUUGAAAUAUGUAGAUAUUGAGUACAGUGGAAUGAAAGGUACUCUGUUUGAGGUUCAGCAAGUCAGAGGAACAGAAUCUAUUGAAGCAAGAGACGAACCUUUGACGUUGAAUUCAGAGCUGCGUUCUUUAUAUUUAUCAUAUCUCAAAGAGUUGGAAUACAUUUGGAAGGGCCCCACACAAAGUGUGAGUCUCGAUAGACUUGAAAGUAUUAGAUUGGAGGAUUGCUCAAAGUUGAGGAAUAUUUUCACUGUUGCAAUUGUCACAAGCCUUCCAGAAUUGAAGACAUUAGAAGUAAUUGGUUGUGAGGAAUUGGAGGGAAUAUUUUGUGAAGAAUCACUUGAAAAUCUUUCUUCUUCUUCUAAUGUUUGCUUCCCCAAACUUGAGGAAAUUCUGAUAUUGCAAAAUGCUCUGAACUGGAGAGGGUCGUUGAUGAAGAAGCAGCACAUGAUGGGGAUUGGCAGCUACCUCUUCUCAAACUGA